AUGGAGACUCAAUCGCUUCCGUCACUGGCCCUUCCUGCCGAAACCGCUGAGCAGGUCACUCCUUCCUCCAAAAAGAGAAACUACGAAGGAACACUUGUCUCACAAGCAAACUCACUGAUACCUCCUCUCGACCAACAAGACUUGAGCUCAGUGGACUUCUCUCGUGCUGAUUCCCCACUAACUGAACUGGGUGCCACGCCUGCAGUCAGUCCUCAGAGGGAAGACAUGGCUCCGGAAUCCAAGAAGCGUAAACUCACCUUCGCUGAGCGGGAAGUGGAAAAGGCAGUCAAGAAAACUGAGAAGGAAGAGAAAGAGAAGCUGAAAGCUGAAGCUAAGGCGAAGAAAGACGAGGAGAAGAAGCGGAAGGACGAAGAAAGGGAAGCUACGCGUGCAGCCAAGGACGCCGUGAAAGCUGAGAGGCAGAAGGCGAAGGAUGCCGUCCAGCAAGAGAAGGAUGCCGAAAAGGCACGCAAAGAGGCCGAGGCUCUGAAGAAGCAAAAGAAUCAACUUCGUAUCGGUGCCUUCUUUGGUCGACCUGCUCUGGCGUCUACCCCUCCGACAACUCCCGAUGAUGUGUCACUUGGUGCUUCUAGCAGAAGAUCGUCAAUCGCAUCCAUCGACAUGGCUCCAUCUCUCAUUGCAAAUAGUCCUGUGCCAAAGUCAAAAAGUACCGAGUAUGACCAGUGGAUCUUGCCUUUCUUCGUCAAUGAACACACCGAGGUAGCUCCCGCCAACAGAUUUCAUUACAAGACAAGCAGUUUCAGCAAGGAAUUGUUGAUGAACCAAAGCAUCUCCCCAGAGAACAUCAGUACUCGAUUUGAACAGCGACGGAGGUCACGGAAAAUCAAAUCCGUCAAAGAAAUCGUCGAGAAAUCGGACCUAUCAUCAAAAGAGUCGAUUGAUCUCAUCGGAUUCAACGACGACCUCGAAUCAAUCCCAUACAAAUGUCUAUUCUUUUACCACGAUGUACGCCCGGCAUAUCAAGGAACAUAUACCAGAUUUGUCUCUCCACAAUCCAGUAGAAAGAUUGCUCGCAAUCCUACCUAUCGAGGCCUUCCCGAUACCAACUAUGACUACGACAGUGAAGCGGAAUGGCAAGAACCAGAAGAAGGAGAUGACGACCUGAUGGAUGAGGAUGAGCUAUCAGAAGACGAUGCUGGGGAAGAGGAAAUGGAUGAUUUCGUAGACGAUGACGGAGAACCUGUCAAGCGUCGACUAAUCAUGACUGAUAUGGAACCAAGAUCAACUGGUCUUUGCUGGGAGGACGCAGGCUCACCUUCUGCAAUCGAGAGCGAUUUGUCUUCAUAUCGAUUGGAUGUUCUCCACGACAGUGUUACGCUUCCUAUCGACCCAUAUUCCACCGCCCACUGGUCAGACAUCGGCAAAACCAGUCCAAAGAAGCGACCUCUCAACAGUCCAGCUGGCAUGCAACCACCACGUGUACCACUAAUGACACUUGACAACAACACGGCGAGCCUGGCCCCUCCUCCACCUGUUACAGGCUAUCCUAUUGUGUACGAUCAGAGCAAUGUCAAAAAGGCCCUGUCGAAGACAAAAGGUGCGCACGCAGCUUCUGGCAAGCCUGUCAAGACUAUUCCGUCAGAUCUCCUACCAGCUUUCAAGACUGCAGUGGAAGACAGCACCUUGUCAAAGGUGGGGUUGAUUGAGGUUCUCAAAAACCAAUUUCCCAAGUGCUCGAAAGAGGCCAUCAAGGAUACACUGUCCAACAUUGCUGUUCGCAACAGUUCCGAGAAGAAAUGGGUCCUCAUAUGA